GGUAGGAACAGGCCAUAUAAAACACGGAGCCAUGGGGUGGAACUCAGAGUCAUGAGAGUAACAGUGAUGGCUUAUUGAGGACGAAACCUCAGAAUAGAGAGAGUUGAAGACAGCAGGUGAAGGUGAGUCUCGAUGGGGCUCCAAUUGAGACACGCUCGUGCUCGUGUAGUCACCCCAGGUGUACCGAAUAAGAAAGUUCUGAAAAGGACCGAGGGGUGCUGUGACUUCCGGGACCUUUUGUGGCCAGCUUGGAGGUGCUGCAGCGGGUCCCAGCAGGAGGGCCAGGCGAGUCAUCCUGCAGAGUGGGGGCGUCUGGGGGUGAUGAUCGUCAUGUUGGUGUACAUGUCUGUAUACCAUGCAGGCUAGCCUCAAUGGUUAGAGCACGGCGUCUGAAUAAGGAG